UAAAUGAUGGCGCUGUAAUCGCAAGGUCGGAAAGGUGUGUGAAAGCCAAACCUGACGGUUCUCCAAUUGUGAACUUUCCGGUUGAUAUACCCUGGAGGCGAGUUCUUUGAUAAAAAGUACGUGAUCAGCUGGCUGACGUAUACUCAACAAACAAGACGGAUAGGAACGAAGUGUGCAACUUUACUUACUUGUGGUUUCUUAUCAACACGCUAAUUUUUAGUUUCUAUGAGCGAGUGCAGUUGUACCGCAGUUAUAUUUCAGAAAAUUGUUCUGUAUAAUAUCGCUCAUUAUUUUGUAUAUAAAAGAAUAAAGUUUGUGAUAAUUCAAAAUGUCUGCAAGGCCACAGCUACAUGAAAAGGAGACGGGAAAAAAAAGCCCAUCUUCGGCUUUUCCUAUGAGAGAUGCAUUGUAUAUCUCAAAUUCGGAAAAAACUUUUGCUCAUGAUGAAGCUUUGCCAAGUCUUCCAGUUCCAGCUCUUAAUCAGACUAUUGAGAGAUAUUUAGAUUCUGUGGAAGUUUUCGUCACAGAUGAGGAGUUUGAGAAUACAAAAAAGAUUGCUUUAAAUUUUAUAAAUGGUGUAGGAAAAGAGCUUCAUAACAAGUUGUUGCAAAGAGCUGUUAACCAAAAAAACUGGCUUGAAAAAUGGUGGGAAGAUGUAGCAUAUCUGUCACAGCGAACCCCUUUGUUACCUUUGUGCAGUAUGGCUGGCUUUACUAACAUGGAUGGCUUGUGGAAACCAGUACCUGGAACUCAAAUCGAAAGAGCUGCUCUUUAUAUGUACUUUCAACUACAUUUUUGGAAAUUUCUUCGACAAGAAAAAUUGAAGCCUCACAUUUCACAUGAUAUUCCAUGGUCAAUGCAUCAAUUCCGUCGAUAUUUUAAUACAGUUCGAAUACCAGGAGAAGCCCAAGAUAAACUUGAAUGUUAUUUCCACACUGAAAUGGAAGAACCAGCUAGUCCAACACAUGUUGUAAUCCUACAUGGUGGUCAUAUUUUCUCAUUUGAUGCUGUUGAUGAAUAUGGAGAUAUUUUGACACCACCAGAAUUUCAGCUGCAGUUCAAAAGGAUCAAGGACUGGUGUGAAGAAAAUGGUCCUGGAUCUUCUGUUGGUGCUUUAACUUUAGAUGACAGAACUACCUGGGCAAAGAAUCGAGAAUGGCUGUUACAGAUACACCCAGAAAAUGAAUUGCACAUGGAAACCAUAAACACUGCACUUUCUGUCAUUGUCUUGGAUGAUGCUGAACCAACAGACUUAACAAGGAUUGUAAGAGAAACAUUAGCUGGAGAUGGAUGCAAUCGUUGGGCAGAUAAAUCUGUUACAAAUUUGAUCUUUAACAAUGGUGUCUUUGGUUUGAUUUCAGAUCAUACACCUUUUGAUGGUUUAGUUCCUGUAGUUGCAGGUCAUUUUACUUACUUAUCACUACGAGAAUCUGGUGGUGUUUGGAAGGGACCACAGGCAGUUGAAAGAGAUUUGCUACCACCGAGAAGACUUGCUUUUCAUCUAGAUGGCCAUAUAAGAAGUGCCAUAGAAGAAUCUAAAAGAUUGUAUCAACUUAUGGUUGAAGAUACUGAUGUUGUAUGUGAGUGCUUCACUCAAUAUGGCAAAUCUUUUUUAAAAACAUAUAAUUUCCAUCCUGAAACUUGUGCUCAAUUUGCUUUGCACUUGGCAUAUUAUACAAUGCAUGGCAGACCUGCUACUACUUACGUUACUGCAGCUACACGACAGUUCUACCAUGGAAGAACUGAAACUAUGAGAUCAUGUUAUCCAGAAGUAGUGAAAUGGGUUCAAGCAAUGAUUGAUGACCAAAAAUCAGUAAAUGACAAACUUCAACUGAUGCAAAUUGCUGCCAGGAAAUUUAAAUUGCUGAUGAAAGAUUGCACAGAAAAUAGUGGCUGUGAUCGUCAUUUAUUAGGUUUAUACAUGACAUCAGUGGAAGAAGGGAUGCCUUUACCAGAACUGUUUUCUGAUCCAUCAUGGAUAAAAAGUGGUGGAAGUGGAAAUUUUGUGCUAUCAACCAGUUGUUGUGGCUAUACUCCUCUUGGUGGAUGUGUAAUGCCAAUGAGAGAAGAUGGUUAUGGCACAUUUUAUAAUAUUGAAAAUCAGAGGUUUACAUUUACCAUAUCUGCUUUCAAUAGAUGUCCAGAGACAAGUGCAGCUAAGUUUUAUGACCACAUUGAGCGUUCUUUGCUGAGCAUGCAGCAUUUGCUUCUUUCAGCUAAACUCUAAAUUCAUAAUUUUAGUUUUCUUUGUAAUCAUAAUUAAAUCAUGAAAAAUGUUCUAACCUCCGAGUGAAGUUCAUCUGUUGUGUUUAAUAAUAUUUUUAUUGAAUAUGAGUUUGAUGUGAAUCAUAUGAAUAUUUACUUUUAAAAUAAUCCUUAUUUUUCAAAGACUCUAAUCAUUUAAGUGCAAUUAAGAAAAGUGCUCAAGAAGAGUAUGGUAAGAGUAAGCUCCUUUAUUUUUUUUUUUUUUUAAACUUGUCUUCCAUUUUCACAUGUUUUAAAGUCCGUGAUUUGUUUUUAACCUUUGUUUUAUUUUCCUAUGAAUAUUAAAAUUUGCUCACAAUAGAUAAAUUAUGAAAGUAUUGUGAUAUUAUAUAUUUUAUACUAAUUCCUAGUGCCACAUUAAAACUGAUGUAUUGCUACAUAACCAUACAUCCAUUUUUACAGAAUCGUAAUUUUUAAUGUCUGUUUUAAAUUACAUAAAAUAGGUUAUUUAAGAACAGUAAUACUUCUCUCUUUCCUCUUAUGAUUCCUACUUGAAUCUGGAUUUUGAAUUCCAUCAUAUUUACUCAUAUUGAAGAAAUUUGUCCUCAAUACAUACUUUUUUAAAGUAUCCAUAUAUGGACUUGUGCUGUAACUUGGCCCAUAAGCCUUGUAGCCUUCAAUUUUAAUCAGUAAAUUUUAAAUACUAUAAUGUUCAAGUAAUAUAUCCACAUUAGUCACAAAGAUUCUGCAGAUUAGAUUAAUUUUGCAAAUUAUAGUUUAAGACUUUUGCAAGUUUUGUGUAUAUUUUUCUCAUUCUAAUUUUUACUGUAAAGUAUUUAUAGCACAUAAAUGAUUAAAUAAAAAAUACUCAUUUCUUCAGAAUUAUUUAAUCAAGAUUAAUUGAAUGUAAAACAAUUAAAUUUCUUAAAUACAGUUAUUGAUAAGUAAUAAUAAUAAUAAAGUAAAAUCACCGUGAAGAGAAAUUGGAAUAAAUGAUAGGGAAAAGUCUUUUGAAAAAGUAGUCUUCCAUUAAAAUUUAUCAGAAUAUUUAUGGAAAACAAUUGCAAACAUUAUUUUCAAAAUAAUUUUAUGCUGUUAAAUGAAAAAAUAAAUAUAUUGUUUACAAAAUAUCCAAAAGUAAUGUUUUCUCUAAACAGUUUCUGCACCAAUUCUUCUAUAACAUAUUGCAGAUGUGCAAACAGAUCAGUUUCUACUUGCAGCUAAUGUAAAAUGCUUGUUUUCUUUAGCACCUUUUUCUUUUUUGAUGUAAGAAAAUACAAGUGCUAUUUUUAAUAAUCUGUUCUUAUUUUUUCUGAUGUAAAAAGCAUGCUUAUUGCACAUAAUGUAAACAAACUGUUAUAAGAUGGAGACGGAUAAAGGUUUUACACAUAACACAUGACAUAAAACAAAAAUUUCAGAAUAUUUUCUCAAAAGUAAGGAUUUAUCUAAAUUGUGAAACUUCAAAGAUUCAUGAUCAUGUUUAUUAUAAGAAAAAGCACUGAAGCACAUGUAGAAAAUGCAGAGUAACUUUAAUAAUAAAAUUAAUUCCCUUUUUGAUUAAAACAUUUGAUAAAUAUUGAGUAUUUUUCUCAAAGUUUAGAUUAAGCAGCUGCAGAUCAAUAGAAUUCUACUGUAUACAUAAAACACAAUGGGGCAAUGUAACAUUAAAUACACUAUGUUAUUUUUGUACAGAAUAUACAUUAUUAUUUAUCAGAUAAAUUGCACAUAUUACUACAAAGUACAUUUAAAAAUAUUCAUUUAUCUUAUUAACAGAUAUAAGUAAUCACUAAUUUCUGUAUAAUAAAUAGAAGUGAUUGCUUUCUUUUAAUUCAUUGUAAAGUAUUUUGCAUUCAUAAAAUGGGAACUAACAUUUAUUAUUUUUCAUAUAUUGUGUAUAAAAUUGGUGUUUUAAAUAAAAUUUUUAAAAUGUCAAAAUAGAUCUAAUGUAAUAUUUUCAACUAUAUUUUCAUUCAGUACAUGAUUCUAUAUUUUAAUAUCUAGUGUAUUGAACUUUAUUCAUGAUAGUGAGUUGUAGUACUUGAAUGCAUGCUUAUUUUGAGAAUUUUAACUUAUGAUUUUGUUUUAUAAAUGCAAAUGAAUUAUUUCAUUCUUAUGACUAUUUAAUAUAGUCAUAAGAAUGAAAUGUUUCAUUAGAUUUUUAAUGAUAGAAUUUAGAUAUAACUUGAGUUUUUGUAACUAAAAUGAAUGCUCGUGUCACUAUAUCAAAUCUUCAAUUUCUAUAAUAUCCUUACAAAUUUUUAGUUAAGUUGUUGGAAGUAGUUUAUAUACUUGUAUUAUAUUUGAAUUUGAAAUGGGUUUCUUUUUCAAAAAAAUAUACUUCACAUAAUAUUCUGGAUUUUUUUUUUUUUUCAUAUUCAAAUAUAUGUUGUUACUGUAUAGUUUUGUAUUAAUUUUUUCAUAUAAAAAUUGUUUUAUAUUUUGUACUGAAGGUUAGUGUUUGAAUACAACAUAUUUAUAAGACCAUUGAAAUAUGUUUGACAGGCAGCAUUUUAAACCAAACAUGAAUGUUUUAAAAUUAUUUUUUAAAUAAUUUUUUCUAUGGUUUUAAUCCAUAUGCUUUUUUUUUUUUACUUUUUUAGAUCUUAUGAGUUGUUCGUCCUUAUAUUUUAUUGUAAAUAAUUUUGAAAUUUGUAAAAGAAGAAGGCUUUGUUCUCAAGCAGCCUUUUAUACAAAAUGUGUCUGCAUAUUUCCUUGUUUAUUCUGUUUUUAAUUAUGAAAUUCUUGUUCUUUUUUCUAACUUGGCAUAAUACAGAGUGCAGACUAUCAUCAUUAAUAUUUUUUCAAACUUGUGUGUUGUGUAAAGGGAAGCUUUUUUAAAAAAACAGUAUUUUAAACAAAACUUAAUUUUAAGUUCUGAAAUCUGAAUGAUUUCUUCUAAAUUUGUGCUUCAUUCUAAUUUAGUAUAGUACAAAAUAUGAAGCAUUGUACUUUACAGUAAAUCAUUCAAUAUGUGCUGUGUGAAAGAUGGCUUCCUUAAAGAGGCAGCAGUAUCUACAGAAUGUUAUUUUUAGAAACAAAUCAUUCUUAAUUCCGUGUUUGAUUUAUGUUAAUUCAUAUUCUCUUUGUCUUGUUUUAGUUUGAUACAAAGUCUGCAGAAGCGCAAUUUUAUGUAUUUAUUUAUUUUUAAUCAUUUGAACCUAGUAAUUUCCUGAUUCUGUAACAAAUCAUAUCUGCGAAUGCACGAAACUCGUUGUGAUACGAUUUGCAUUGGAAUGAGAACAGAAGAAUUAAAAUGUUGAGAAUAAAUCCAGCUUUGCACAACAAUGAGCAUUAAAGUUAGCAAAAUAAACUAAAUCAUGAAAUUAAUCAUUCUAUGGGAUGUUUCCUGUAAAAACACUGUUAAACAUUAAUGCCUAAAACUAAUAACCAAUUGUUUCAAAUUUAAUCCUAAGAAUGAACUUCCACUGCAUGCAGAUAGAAAAACAUUUGGCUGCUCUCCUUUCACAUUGUGGGAUGAUGGGAAGGAAGAGGUUUAUCCCUUUCACCUUGCAAGAGCAACUGAAUGAAUCCAUGCCAUACAUGUUUCCCCCUUCUGCUUUUCUAAUACAAGAUAAGUUGUAUAAAGAUUAGUUUUCCAUUCAGAACAUUAUACGAAGAAAAAGGCCUAAGUUUUGAAGCUAAAGCAAUUCUGAAUAUGCUUUUGUGUCGUUAAUGAUAAAAUUUUUUUAUGAUUGUUACUGUAUUAUUAUUGUAACAACAUUAUUAAUUCUUUAAGCUAAAUUUUAUUAUGCGUUUUUGGUGAGUAUAAGAAUAUAUGGGAAAACAAGGACCAUUUUCAGUACAUAUUUACUAUAAA